UAGUGGGGCAGGUGGGAGGGGCGUCAUGGCGGCCACGUUCUUCGGUGAGGUGGUUAAGGCACCGUGCCGAGCCGGGACGGAGGACGAGGAGGAAGAAGACGAGGGGAAAACGGAGUCGCCCGAAGAUAGGGAGGUCCGGCAGCAGUUGGCACGGAAGAGGGAGGUGCGGCUCCUUCGAAGACAAACAAAAACAUCCUUGGAAGUCUCUCUGCUGGAAAAAUAUCCAUGCUCCAAGUUUAUAAUUGCGGUUGGAAAUAAUGCAGUAGCAUUUUUGACAUCGUUUGUCAUGAAUUCAGGAGCCUGGGAAGAAGUUGGUUGUGCUAAACUCUGGAAUGAGUGGUGCAGAACGACAGACACUGUGCACCUCUCCCCCACAGAGGCUUUCUGUGUGUUUUAUCAUCUGAAAUCAAAUCCCUCGAUUCUACUUUGUCAGUGCAGUUGCUACGUGGCCGAAGACCAGCAGCACCAGUGGCUGGAAAAGGUUUUUGGCUCAUGUCCCAAGAAGAAUAUGCAAGUAACUAUCCUCACAAGUCGACACGUUACUGACUAUAAAACUUCAGAAUCUACCAGCAGCCUUCACUGUCCUUUCCUGAGAGCCCUGAAAACACAGAAUUUCAAAGAGCCUGCAUGCUGUUCGCUGCUGGAGCAGCCGAAUAUCGUGCACGACCUCCCUGCAGCAGUUCUAAGUUACUGUCAAGUGUGGAAACUCCCCGCCAUCCUGUACUUGUGUUACACUGACGUGAUGAAAUUAGACCUAAUCACAAUCGAAGCUUUUAAGCCUGUGCUUUCUUCCAGAAGCUUAAAAGGUUUGGUUAAGAACAUUCCCCAGAGCACAGAGAUACUGAAGAAGUUGGUGACGGCAGACGAGAUCCAGAGUAACAUUUACACGUGACUCCAGAUGGCUUGUCACUUGUGUCACACGUUCAGUAGUCCUUGGGGGCAGCUGCACUGUUCCAUGAGGUUCCUUUUCUUCCAGGACUAUUUUGAGGGUAUUAAAAACAAUAAAUUAAUUUUAAGUUCA